GGCCACCAGAGAGGUGUCUGCCAAGGAAGGGAAAGGUGGCGGUGGGCCACGGAGAGGCUCGAGGAGGCUGCCUGGCAUCCAAGCACCUGCAGUCGGCGCCCCCCAGCUCCAACACCUGAGCUCCCAGACCGGCAGGAACCCCAGCGGGAACCGGGCUCAGCAUGGCAGCCACCAACUUUGUGCAGGAGAUGAGCCUAGUGGGUGACAGGCUGCUGCUCAAGCUGCAGAGGCUGCCCCAGGCCGAGCCCGUGGAGAUCGUGGCCUUCUCGGUCAUCCUCCUUUUCACAGCCGCUGUUGUGCUGCUGCUGCUGAUAGCCUGUAGCAGCUGCUGCACUCACUGCUGCUGCCCUAAGCCACGAGGCAGGAAGGCCCAAGUUCGGCCCAUGACCCCACCGUGAGGGGUGGAUGACCGAGGAGAGGAGAUUGCCGGACCCAUGGCCCAGGUGUCAGCCCAGCCCUGCAGCCGUCACCCCUCAAGACCAAGAUCCACUCUCCCAGCUCUGGCCCUGCCCAGGAACCAGAUACCGAUACCUGGAGGCUUAUCAGGGACAUAAGGACUGUCAUGGCCGCAAGACCGCCACCUGCCAAUGAACACAGUGCCAAUGUGGAGCUGACCGUCUCAAGGACCCAGUAAACCGCCAGGGUUCUUGGCCUACCUGCACUUUGUAACAAAACACAGAACUGGGGUCCCCAAACCUCGAUGGGGAACAGCCCACAUCUGUGGGGAGCUGGCCCUCGGGGUUAUGCUGACCCACACCGAAGAGGAGCCAGCCAAUGAGAGGGACUUUGUGCGACAGCUACUGAAUCCCAAGCUCCCUGCCAGAGAGGGGGCAUGUCCAGUAUCUGCCUGCUUUUUCCCCAGUAAAAGCUUUUUGGUUAUGUUUCUGCGGUGCCAGACUCCCCAGGCUGGGCUCUUGUGCCAGAAUUCCAGGGGUGUGGCCAGUGACUGUCCUUUCAGGCCUCUGCUCUCCCUGUGCCCACAAAAGCUGGAGAAACACACAGGCGAGAAUGCCACACGGGAGGGAAUGCAAUGGGACCAGCGCAGGGGGUGGGCAGAGAAAUUCCUGUCACGCACUAGUUGCUAACCAGCUCUGGCUCCCAGACACCCGCUCUGCAGCGAUGGAGGCUGUGUGUACCCCAGGCAGGUGCUGGCUCAGAAGUGCCGCUUAACAGUUUCCAUUGCCAUGAUUAACUUCACCCUGUACAUCCCAUGCUAGCAGGCUCAGGCCCCUGGGUCUUCCCAAACUUCUGGGGUAAAAGACGAGAGGUCAGGCCCCUAGUACUGCUCCGACCCCUUCGCCCUUUCCCCGUGUGUGUGCCAGACUGUCUGGGUCCAAAGCCUCGCCCCCCUCGCCCCCAGCUGUGUAACUAUAGAUUAGUGACUUGAUCUCUGGAGCCAUGUUUCUUCCCUGUAAAGUGGGCUAAUCCCGGUAACUGCCUCCUGGGGGACGCGCACGAGGAUUCACUGAGAUGACCAAGGCUGGGCACUUGGCACAGUGCCGGCAGAGCCCGAGAGCUCUGCGAACGUGAGUUACCCAUUCGAACGAGGGGCCGAUCCAGAGCAGUGCACAGGCUGGUC